CUCUCAUGGCGGUAGACCAAAGCAAAGAAGCUUCUCCCUUGUGUUGUGUUCUUCCACUGUACAACUCUAAAUAUUCAAGUUAUGUCACCGAAGAAGAUUUAAACGACUUGAACCAUACGACAAAACAUAAAAGAACCAACGCUUCGCUAAUGAAUUCUGCUUCAGCUCACGAUCUAAGAUGUCUAGAGGUAGAGAAAGAGAAGCAAGACCCAAAAUCACCGAGAGGAGCCUUGGAAGCAUGCUUAACCCAAUGCUCAAUCUCUUCCGCUUCAUCUUCCUCUGAGGAUCCUCCUCCAAACAGAGAAGCAAGCGACAACGCAGACGCAGACGCAGACGUACGGUGCAAGAAUCCCAGAGCAUCUUCAAAUUGGGGAAAAUUCUUCAAGCUAUGGAAACGCAGAUCCAUGAAACGCCUCUCUUCUUUUCCUCCUUUGAGCGGGGCCGCCCCAUCGAUCUCCAAACGCAACAAAAGCGCAGAGCCUCAUCUCGAUGGUUUGAUCCUUCACGACAUCUACGAUUUCCAAUCAUCUCUCCACAACUUCUCAAUCUCUGACAUCGAAAUCGCAACUGACAAUUUCAAUCCAGAAAACAUUAUUGGAAGAGGUGGUUAUGCAGAGGUAUACCAAGGUAUUUUACCGGAAGGGAAGCUAAUCGCUGUGAAACGUUUGACGAAAGGCACACCGGACGAGCAAACAGCUGAGUUUUUGUCAGAGCUUGGGAUAAUAGCUCAUGUUGAUCAUCCCAACACCGCCAAAUUCAUCGGUUGUUGCAUCGAGGGUGGAAUGCAUCUCGUUUUCCGGUUAUCUCCUCUUGGAAGCCUCGGCUCUCUCCUCCAUGGACCAUCCAAAGAUAAGCUGACUUGGAAGAGACGUUACAAGGUAGCAUUAGGAACAGCAGAUGGACUAAUGUAUCUUCAUGAGAGUUGUCAAAGACGAAUCAUUCAUCGAGACAUCAAAGCUGAUAAUAUUCUUCUCACCGAGGAUUUUCAACCGCAGAUUUGCGAUUUCGGGCUAGCCAAAUGGCUUCCCAAGCAAUUGACGCACCAUAACGUUUCCAAAUUCGAGGGAACAUUCGGGUACUUUGCACCAGAAUAUUUCAUGCAUGGAAUUGUCGAUGAGAAGACUGAUGUUUUUGCAUUUGGAGUUCUCCUCUUGGAGCUUAUAACCGGCCAUCCUGCUCUUGACGAGUCUCAGCAGAGCCUUGUCUUAUGGGCUAAGCCGUUGCUAGAGAAAAAAGCGAUAAGAGAACUGGUGGAUCCGUCGCUUGGAGAUGAGUAUAACCGAGAAGAGCUUAUCCGGCUAACUUCCACCGCUUCUUUAUGCAUCGAUCCAUCUUCUAUACUACGACCCAAGAUGAGUCAGGUUGUGGAAUUAUUACUAGGUGAAGAAGGUGGGGUUAUGACUCCAAGAGAAGCCAAGAAAAAGAUGAUGCAACGAACGUAUUCUGAGGAAUUAUUAGAUAGUGUAGAAUACAACUCGACUAAGUAUUUGGGAGAUCUUGAUCGCAUUCGACAGAUUGCUUUAGCUUCUUGAAAACGAACAAGAAUAUGAAUCCCUAAAAACUAUAUUGGUUUCUUUUUUCAUUGGAGAAUGUAAA